UACUCAACUCAGCUCGCGAAUCUGGGACCUUCCGCGUAGUUUCCUCUCCGCGCAACUUAUCCCUUUCCGCUCCAGGCCUCCACCCUGCCACUCCGAACUGCUCCUCGACGCCGGCCGCGCCGCGCGGGGGGAUCAUGGCCUGAAGCGAAAUCCCGCACCGCGGACGCUCCGAGGGUGACAAGGAUAACUUUCUCAGGCCAGGGAAGGAAGACAUCUCCUUGACGCGGUAGAGCUGUUGAUGGCUGCUAUAAGUAUUCAGGGGUGAAUUAGGACCGCAAGAUACUACUAAAGCGAAACAAAAAGUGUCAAGAGAGUUUGUUUCAAGAUGGAUGAAGGCCGGGGAGUUAGGUAUUGGUGCCACAUGUGUGAGGAGGUGAUCGAUCCUAUGCCGGAGAUGAAGUGCCCCAGCUGUGAGGGUGGGUUUGUGGAAGAGAUGGACUCUGAAGGCUUUGAACCAGCUACUGACACGAGGUCUGAUCGCUCCCUCUCUGCUUUGGCUCCACUGCUUUUUGGUAUGCUGGAGGGUUCAUCGCGCAGAUCAAGACUCAGGAGGGAGGCCAUGGAGGAUGCUGAUGCUGAUGAGGAUGAUGGUGAGGAGGAGGAUGAUGAUGAGGAUGAUUCAGACCGUGAGUUUGAACUAUUCAGUAGGAGGCGAAGGCGGCCGUCAGCACUUUCCAGGCUGAUUCAAACUAUGCAUGAUGACAUAAGGGGCUUGGAUCACACUGGCAGUGAUACAGAGAGAGAUAUGGAGAGAGAAAGAAGGGAGAGGCGGAGGGCAGAGAGGCAGGCUGUGGAGAGGAGGGUGGAGAGGCAGAGGGAGAGGCUAAGGGCGAUAGAGAGACUGAGCAAUCGUGGGAGAGAGAGGACAGAAAGCCUAAUACUGAUCAACUCCAACAAUGAGGCCAUCAUCCUCCAAGGAACAUUUGGACGCGACCAAGAGGAAUCAAGCAACACAAGUUCUGGUGUAUCACUUGGGGAUUACUUUCUUGGUCCUGGCUUAGAUAUUCUCUUGCAGCGUUUGGCAGAGAGUGAUCUCAAUCGUUCUGGCACACCACCUGCCAAGAAGGAGGCAGUAGCUGCAUUGCCAACUGUGAACAUCAAGGAAGUGUUGGGCUGUUCAGUCUGUCUUGAGGAUUUUGAGAUUGGGGCAGAAGCAAAGCAGAUGCCCUGUCAGCAUAAAUUCCACUCUCAGUGCAUCCUUCCAUGGCUGGAGCUUCACAGUUCUUGUCCAAUCUGUCGAUUUCAGUUGCCUACUGAGGAGACGAAGAACCCAUGUGAAUCAGCCAGCAGUGCUGGGGCCAUGAAUGGCGAUGGAGACAAUGUCGUUGCAAGCAGUAGUGAUACAGAAAGUAUUAACCGUAAUGGAGACAACCAUUCAGAUAGUCCUAUCUUCUCUGCUCUGAGCGCACUCUUCUCUGAUCCAUCCUCAUCAUCUGAUGAUGAAAGUGCCCCACGCUCUUCUGAGACUUGAAGUUUCAUAUAAAUUGCAGACACCACUGGAUGCAGGCUUGCAAUAUGGUGGAGCUGUUCUGAAAUGUGAGACUGGCAUCUUUGUAUUGUAGUUUCUGUACAUAUCUCUGAAUUGGCCCCCAGAAGACAAGAUAUUCUCUUCGCUUUUCUGAACUAUGUGGCUUGUAAGUGCUAGUGCUUGCUAUGUUUACUUAUCUGAAAUAAAAGUUAGCCUCUAGUGCGCUUAUUGUCUCCUGAAGACUUACCGCCAGUUUGUUUGAGAGUAUGGGCAAGGUAAGACUAAUCUCCUCCGCUAGCUGUUAGGCUUAUGUGAGCAAUGACAUUGCACGCCGUGUUUUUACUGUGAGAAUCUCUUGGAAGACGUCUGGAUAAUCUCUGUGAAGGGAAGGACCUUUUACCUACUCACAGUCCAUUGCUUUCUGGAGUUGAUGGAAGGUUGCAGGUGCUGCUUCAUAUGUCCUGAAUGUCACACUAGAGGAUAACCUGCUAUCUUGCAAUUGGGUUUAUUUGUUCCUUUUUUUUUGUCUGUCAUUCUAAUUUCUGAAGCUUUGAAGCAACAUGGAAAUGGUUCAUCAGUUGCAGCCAGGUCCGGGGGCAGUUAUGUCCUAUUUUGAUGGAAAGAGGUGGCCAAAACAGCAUCUGCGAGACUGCUAUCCAUGUCCUCAUACUUGAGGAAUCCUACCUGCAUAUUUUCUUGGUGUGAUCAUGUGGUCGAUGAGGGUAUAUCAACCUUAUCUUCAUUCUGUUGAUUGUUCUGCUGGGAUAUCCCAAACUACGUGUGGCAUGUUCUGGUUUGCCACGAUUUGUUUAGCAGGCACUCUAUAGAUAAAUUCGAGCUUGGUGAAGUCAAUGUGGAUUUUCAGUGCAGUUUGCUCA